GAGCGCCAGAAGGGGGCGGAGCACCGGUCCUGAGGAGCACGCCGAGAUGGCGGAGGCGGCGGCGGCUGCGGCCUCACGGCGCGCGCUGCACUUCGUGUUCAAAGUGGGCAACCGCUUCCAGACAGCGCGCUUCUACCGGGACCUGCUGGGAAUGAAGGUCCUGCGGCAUGAGGAAUUCGAGGAAGGCUGCAAGGCUUCCUGUAACGGGCCUUAUGACGGGAAGUGGAGUAAAACCAUGGUGGGCUAUGGGCCCGAAGACAAUCACUUUGUUGCAGAGCUGACCUACAAUUAUGGUAUUGGUGACUACCAGCUCGGCAAUGACUUCCAGGGCCUCACUCUGGUCUCCAGCCAGGCUGUUACUAACGCCAAGAAGUCUGAGUGGCCGCUCCGUGAGAUUGCUGAGGGAGUUUUUGAAACCGAAGCCCCAGGAGGAUAUAAGUUCUAUUUAAAGAACCACAGCCAGCCUCCAUCAGACCCAGUGCUGAAAGUGACUUUGGCUGUGUCUGACCUGUGCACAUCCCUCCACUACUGGUCAAACCUGCUGGGGAUGACAGUUUAUGAGAAGGAUGAAGAGCAGCAAAGGGCCCUGCUGGGCUAUGCGGAUAACCAGUGCAAGCUGGAGCUGCAGGGCAUCAAGGGAGCAGUGGAUCAUGGGACAGCCUUUGGGAGGAUUGCUUUCUCCUGCCCGAAGAAAGAGCUACCAGACAUAGAAGCAUUGAUGAAAAAGGAGAACCAGAAGAUUCUGACCCCCCUGGUUAGUCUGGACACACCGGGGAAAGCAACAGUCCAAGUGGUUAUUCUGGCCGACCCAGAUGGACAUGAAAUUUGUUUCGUGGGAGAUGAAGCAUUUCGAGAACUUUCCAAGAUGGAUCCAAAUGGGAGCAAAUUGUUGGAUGAUGCAAUGGCAGCAGAUAAAAGUGAUGAAUGGUUCGCUAAAAAAAAUAUAAAGAAGGCUUCUGGGUAAUGGAAGACAUCAUUUGAACAAAGACUUGUAACGUUCAUCCCGAUCCUCAUCCAGCACUAGAGACGUGGUGUUUUCAAGGGCUCUCAUUCCUUGGGGAGCCCAGGGGCAUCACCUACAAUUGCCUUUUAGGAGAGAGGAAACAGUCUUAAUGAAAUUGAAAUUCCAGUUCUUUAAAGUCAUCUCUUCCUUUCAUACGUCCACCAUCUUGAUUGCAGAUUCAGUACACUCUACCAACUGGUCCAUAUGUGUUACUGGUGGCACAGGUUCUGCUCAGGAUUUGCCAGUACUUUAGAAAUAGUGGUUUUUCCCCACAAACUGAAGCAGACACCCAUCUGGGCAGAUACUCUGACUAAGGCAGAUGCUAGGGCCUGCUGGUAGAGCUCUGUAUCACAUUUACGAAAAUAUCAAAUCAAAUUCUUAAGCAGUGAAGGACAUAGGUUGACCAUCCCAAAAGAAUACCAAAAUAAUAAGUUGCUAUGAAGUAGAAGAUUCAUAAGUAGGAGGUGGAGAAGGGGUGAAGAGUUUUGGACCUUGAAUCUAAGGGUCAGAUUAUUUGUUCUGUCUUCCUCUUCGCUUUUCAAACUUUUGAGGGGCCAAAGAAAAACAGAAUGUCAUUCUUACUGGAUUGCUCGAAAUGAUUUAAGUAUCAGACUUUAAA